ACUGUGCCAUCUGCUGAUCAAAGACNUAGACAGUGCCAUCUGCUGAUCAAAGACCAGGCUAAAGAACUGACCCGUUUGAAUGAAAAGUUAAGCAAAGGGAGAGAUGUUUCCCAACUCCUCGAUAAACACCUCGAGGACCUCCUCUCCCAUGAUGACCCUGAGCAUUGCCAAAGACAGGGCUUCCAAGAGCAACUGGCUGAGGGACGCAGGCUGGCCAAGCGCCUAGCCCGAACGCUCAGCUCAGAAAAUUAUGAUGAGGAGGAGGACGAGCAAGAAGAAGAAACACUGACCCCCAGAGUGGAGCAGGAAGAAGUCGAAAAGAAGGAAGUCCUACAGAACAGAGUGGAUGAUUGUGAUCUGACCCCUUCGGUUCUGGAAGAAGAGUGUGACAGCGACCACUCUUACAGUGAUGGUGAGUUCCCAUUUGAAGAACAGGAAAUGGGCUCUGUUCUGGAUGUAGCCACAGAAUGAUCCCAUUCCAAAGGG